UUUUUCUCUCGCACGCUCUCUCUCCUAGGCAACCUAUUCGGAGCUCAAUGUGUUGUGUGCACAGUGGUGCUGCUGGUGCUGAUUUCUGUCCGUCUCCCUUUCUCCCGCCGGCGUUCCCCUGCUUGUCUUAUCCACUUCAGUCCUUUUCUUCCUCAACAGCAUUUCUCGAUCCCCAUCUCCUGUCAGCCUGUACUUUUCCCUUAAGCCUCUUCUUGGUUUAGCAGCAUCCCUUUUUUCUCCACCUGUGAAUAACAGACCACCUCUAGCCAGUCUCCUGUUUAUGCCAGCAAAGGUCCUCUGCUCAGACAAGACGCCAAACAGUGCAGGAUACAGCAGUAUCUUCUUUUUGUAUGAAAGCGGCUCUGACUUGUCUUAGCCUUUUUGUCCCUGGCUGAAUGCUCGCUUCUCAUGGUGUCCCGAAGUUCACUUUUCAGGUUAUUCUGCAGGAAUUCCUUCAGCAAUCGUCUCAUUUUUUUUCUCUAUGUGUAUAUAACACACGACUGAUUUGUUUCUGCACUGUAUCCCUUUGGUUCCAGGAAGAUGCUGUAGGAUUCUGAAUCCUGACUCAAACCGAGCUAUCUCCUACUGAAUCAUUUGUAGUCGUUCUGCAGCAGGUUUAUCUGGAAGCUAAUGUUUUAUUAAGGCGCAAUGUAGACAAGCAGGGGAUAUGAAGGGAACAAGCAAAUGGAUGACGUUGCGCCUUGACUCAACACUCUGACCGCGACCUGUGUCUUAAUCUCUUAUGUUCAGAAACUCAAGCAACUGUUUCUGUAUGCAGGAGAGCUCCACAAAGUGACUCCAACAUCCCAAAAGGGGGAAAACCGCUUCCCCUCUGUGGCUUGGAUUUUUGUCUGUUUGUUAUCAAUUAAUACGUUUACAGGAUUAUACACAUUGCUUGGACCUGGCCUCCCAUUCUGGGCGAGAAAGAUCAUCUUUAAAAUGGAAUUGUUUUCAAGGAUUUCCUUUCUAUUACUAUUCUACAAACUAACAUGGGAUGCUGCAUUUGCUGAUUCAAUCAUCCACAUUGGGGCAAUUUUUGAUGAAUCUGCCAAAAAAGAUGAUGAAGUGUUUCGUCUGGCAGUAGCUGAUCUGAACCAAAAUGAAGAAAUCUUGCAGACGGAGAAAAUCACAUUUUCUGUGACAUUUGUAGAUGGAAACAACCCUUUCCAGGCUGUACAAGAAGCAUGUGAGCUGAUGAGCCAGGGCAUUCUUGCACUCGUGAGUUCGAUUGGCUGUGCAUCAGCAGGAUCCCUUCAGUCACUGGCUGAUGCUAUGCACAUCCCUCAUCUCUUCAUUCAGCGGACAACAGCUGGUACCCCAAGAAGUAGCUGUGGUGGCUCCAGGGGUCUUAGGAAUGAUGACUACACCCUUGCAGUUCGCCCUCCAGUCUACCUCAAUGACGUUAUUUACAGGGUUGUUCUGGAAUAUUCCUGGCAAAAAUUCAUCAUCUUCUAUGAUACUGAUUAUGACAUUCGUGGAAUCCAGGAUUUUAUGGAUAAAGUUUCCCAGAUGGGUAUAGAUGUAGCUCUACAGAAAGUAGAGACUAAUAUCAACAGAAUGAUCACAGGCUUGUUUGCCAGCAUGCGGAUUGAGGAAUUGAAUCGUUACAGGGAUACUCUGCGUAGAGCUAUUCUUUUCAUGAGUCCUGCUACUGCUAAAGCCUUCAUUGCUGAAGUUGUGGAGACAAACCUGGUUGCAUUCGAUUGCCACUGGAUCAUCCUUAAUGAGGAAAUAAGUGAUAUGGAUGUGCAGGAGCUUGUCAGAAGGUCAACGGGAAGGUUAACAAUUAUACGGCAGACAUUUCCAAUUCCUCACAACAUCAGCCAGCGAUGCAUAAGAGGAAAUCACAGAAUAUCAUCAUCUAUUUGUGAUCCAAAGGACCCAUACUCCCAGACUAUGGAGAUUUCAAAUGUUUAUAUUUAUGAUACUGUUCUCCUACUGGCAAAUGCCUUCCACAAGAAGUUAGAGGACAGGAAGUGGCACAGUAUGGCCAGCCUAACCUGCAUCCGUAAAAAUUCCAAACCAUGGCAAGGAGGACGUUCUAUGUUGGAGACUGUUAAAAAGGGUGGAGUAAGUGGAUUGACUGGAGUUCUGGAAUUUAAAGAAAACGGAGAAAAUCCUAACAUAGACUUUGAAAUUCUGGGAACAAAUUAUGGAGAGGAUCUUGGAAGAGGCAUUCGCAAGCUGGGAUCAUGGAAUCCAGUAACAGGCCUAAAUGGGACACUGACAGACAAAAAGCUUGAAAACAACAUGCGAGGAGUGGUAUUGCGUGUAGUAACUGUGCUGGAGGAGCCAUUUGUAAUGGUAUCAGAAAAUGUCCUUGGAAAACCGAAGAAAUAUCGUGGAUUCUCAAUCGAUGUUUUGGAUGCCUUGUCUAACUAUUUGGGAUUUAAAUAUGAGAUAUAUACCGCACCAGAUCAUAAGUAUGGAAACCUUCAGUCAGACGGAACGUGGAAUGGGAUGGUUGGAGAGCUGGUAUUCAAGAGAGCAGAUAUAGGGAUUUCUGCAUUAACUAUCACACCAGACCGAGAAAAUGUUGUGGACUUUACUACACGUUAUCUGGAUUACUCAGUGGGGGUUUUGCUGAGGAAAGCUGAGAAGACAGUGGACAUGUUUGCAUGUCUAGCCCCUUUUGACCUGUCCUUGUGGGCAUGUAUUGCUGGUACUGUUCUUCUUGUUGGACUGUUGGUGUACCUACUGAACUGGCUAAACCCUCCUCGGCUACAGAUGGGGUCAAUGACAUCAACAACUCUGUAUAACUCCAUGUGGUUUGUUUACGGCUCCUUUGUACAACAAGGAGGAGAAGUCCCUUAUACAACUCUGGCAACAAGAAUGAUGAUGGGAAUUUGGUGGCUGUUCGCACUAAUCGUCAUAUCCUCCUACACAGCAAACCUGGCAGCCUUUCUCACCAUUAACCGCAUUGAGAACUCGAUACAGUCUCUUCAGGAUCUUUCAAAGCAGACUGAUAUUCCCUACGGAACUGUGUUAGACUCAGCUGUAUAUGAUCAUGUCCGUCUGAAGGGGAUGAAUCCCUUUGAGAGAGACACUAUGUACUCCCAAAUGUGGAAGAUGAUUAACAGAAGUAACGGGUCAGAGAACAAUGUGGAGGACUCUCAAGAAGGCAUUCGGCGGGUGAAAUUUGGGAAUUACGCAUUUGUGUGGGAUGCUGCAGUGCUGGAGUAUGUAGCAAUCCAUGAUCCUGACUGCUCAUUUUAUACACUUGGAAACAGAAUUGCUGACAGAGGAUAUGGGAUAGCCCUUCAACAUGGUAGUCCAUAUCGAGACAUAUUUUCCCAAAGGAUCCUGGAAUUACAGCAGAAUGGAGAUAUGGACAUCCUGAAACAUAAGUGGUGGCCAAAGACUGGACAGUGUGACCUAUAUUCACCUGUGAGCACAAAACAAGGAGGCAGUGCCCUGGACAUAAAGAGCUUUGCUGGAGUUUUCUGUAUCCUGGCGGCUGGCAUCGUCCUCUCAUGUUUCAUUGCAAUGGUUGAGACAUGGUGGAACAAGAGGCAGGGAUCCCGAGUCCCUUCAAAAGAGGAUGAUAAGGAGAUAGACUUGGAACAUCUUCAUCGACGAGUGAAUAGUCUGUGUACUGAAGACGACAGUCCUCACAAACAGUAUUCCACAUCAUCCAUUGAUCUGACGCCAUUGGAUAUGGAUACACUGCCAACACGACAGGCACUGGAACAGAUCAGUGACUUCAGAAACACACAUAUUACCACAACAACCUUCAUUCCAGAACAGAUCCAGACUUUGAGCCGCAGCUUGUCAGCUAAAGCUGCUGGUUUCCCUUUUGGAGGACAAACUGACCACCGAACUGGUCCUUUCAGGCACCGGGCACCCAAUGGGGGAUUUUUCAGAAGCCCUAUCAAAACAAUGUCAUCAAUCCCAUAUCAGCCAACACCUUCUCUUGGUCUUAAUCUUGGCAAUGAUCCAGACCGAGGCACCUCAAUAUGAAUUUACUUAUUGUUUCUAAUGUUUAUCUGGGACUCCAUUCACAAGGAGCUACGGCAGUGGUUUGAGACUAACAUGGAUAAAACUUUUAAAGAAUCAGGAUUAUUAGUUAAAUGCUAUCCAUUAUUUUUUUCUCUUUCUCUUUCUCUCUUGUUCUCCUUGGAUAUAACUGCAAUAACUUCCAUCUGCUCUGUUACUUCCUACUGCAUUUAGUCCCCCUCAGCUACUGCUGCUGUCAUGUGUGUUCUUUUAAAUGUGGACCAAAGGCACGGACUCAACUAUUGAAAAAGACUACAUGCCCACAUUAUUCAAGAAUACAGAUUGGUAGGACUGUGAGAAGCCAUUACAAUGCCAGUAAAAUAAAAAAAUAUAUAUACAGUUGCCAAUAUUUUUGCACUGUAACAGUGCACAUGAUCUCUAUGUAAUUGUAUAGUGUUAACAUUUUCUUAUGUACAGUGAAGAUUAUCAUAAAGCAGAAGCCUUCAUUGUGGUAAAAAAAUAUCUCACAUAAAAAAAGAAAAAAAAGAGACAGCCAUUACUACUGCAUAUAAUUUAAUUAAGCUUUAGUAAAAUGAGAGCUCUACAUAUAUAUACUGUAUGUAUAUGUAUAUAUAUGUAUAUAGAUGUGUGUAUGUAUAUAUGUGAGAAGUUUAUAAAUAUAUAUAUAUAUACACAAGCACGCAACGCAGGGGAUCUUUUCUGUAAGAAAAGAUAGGAUUCUUUGUUCAAACUCUGUUUGCAUGAUUUGCCAACAGAGUGUAUUUUGUACUUUUUUAUGAGAGCAUCCAGGGUAAUUUACUCUUGUGCGCAAAUAACCUGUUUAAGUAGCAGUUAUUCACUAUUCGCCAGUGAAUAAGGCUAAUAAUUCUAAAUAAUUGCAAAAAAGGAAUAUUCUAUUAGGAAAGCCACAUUCAGAAGAUAUAUGUAUAAACAAAAUGAAUUUAAAUUUAGACUAUUCUAGGUUAAUAAAUUUUCUUCCAAAGCAGCACAGUCAAUCAACAUGAAAAUGUUAUUAGUAGGAAAAAGUCCCAGAGAAAGAUAAUGUGGCCUUAAUUAUUUUCAUGUAUAAUUCUGAGAAAUUAACACCAUUUUGUUUUUAAUCUGUUAACCCUUUUGUAUUCAGAAGAGUAACACUGUUCUGUGUUUUUUUUUUUAUUUAGUACCACCAUGUAUAGUAAUACCUAUGGAGUUGGUACCAGAAACAUGCCAGAUUUUGGUACUGUAUCUUUCAAUUAACACUAUAUUACUCUUAGAAAUAACACUAGAGAUUAGACUGAGCUUUCAAUUUGUAAGAAAACAAAAUCACAUUGUACAAUGUGAUGAAUAGAAAGCAGCAACUUGUUAUGUGUUUGGUGCAAACCAUUAGGUGUUCUUUUACUUCUGUACGUAUGCGGAAUGGCAUAAGAACCGACCACUCACUGGUUUUGUUAGGUGACUGAAGGAGAAAAAAAUGGACCUUAUUAAAAUAUAUCUUUUUUAUGCAAAUUCUGUUCUGGAGAGCGUCUGUACUGUCACUGUUUUUUGUAUUAUAUCUUUGAUUAAUGUCUACAAUGUAAGACAAAGAUAUCAGAUGAAAGUCAGCUGAAUUUUAUAGGAAUACAAGUAUCAAACAGCAUGAACAACUUGCUUGGUCUCAUAGAAUUCCACAAUUUAAUUACUCAGUUAGAAAAUUUCAUUUUCAUCUGGCUGUAUGAAGACAUAUUACCAGAUUCUGCAUUUAUUCCUGCUGAUAACCAUGUACAGUAUUUAAUAUAGGCCUAUUUUGAUGUAAGUGUUGCCUAUUAUACAAAAAUGAACUACACAAAACACUCUGGGGACCUCAGUUACGAGUGGCAGAGCUCCUGUGUAUAAUUUGUCUAAUAAAAAUUUUUAUAAAAUG